UUCACAUUCACAAAAUAUAUUAAUCCAACACAUUAUAUCAUAAAUUAUAACGUUGUCAUGUAUUUUCUUGUACCCUUUUACUUACUGAUUUACCUAAAAUGCAUUGGGACUUAUGAAACACGCCGUCAAGAAAAGUGCAUGUUUCUGGCCAAUCCUGGUCCUUGCAACGGACAUUUUAGAAUGUUUGCCUAUGAUUUUACAAACAAUGGCUGUGUAAUGUUUAUUUACGGUGGUUGUGGUGGAAACCCAAAUCGUUUUCAAACAAAAGAAGAAUGCAGAAUAGCUUGUAAUGCUCCCGCAGAUCCUGAAGAUGAUGUUAUUACCUCCACGGAAAAAUAUGAAUUUACAUUAGAGCAGAAGGAACUACAUAAUAACCCAACUGAACCCUCUGUAACCCCACCACCAAUAAGUGAAGAAGUCACCACGAAAAAGGAAGAACAAUUAGUAACUUUAAAAGAAUCAAUGGAAGCCUUUACCCUCUUUAAUUUUGAGCUGUUUGGGUAAUAAUAAAAUCUCACCUCGAAGUCAUAUCCAAUAGCCACGACAUUGAGUAAUUGGUGAU